AUCGGAAUACAGGAUAUCCGAGGUUCUCGAGCUUAUACCAGCCAGGCUCCAGAUUUGUUGUCGUCGACUUCAGUGUUUGGCUGGAGGUGGAGGGAUGCUCUGUGAAUGAAUGGAUUUCUGACGAGUUGUAGCUUAGACGAAAGGGCUUCCAGGCAGAAUAUUGAAGAUGGCAUUACCAGCAGAAACUACUUCAACAUCAACAUUCCCUCUACCUCCCACACAAUAUAUUAACCUUUAUACAGAUGAAAACUUACGGAGAGGAAGAGCCCCUAAGCCACCACUGCCAAUACACAAUGAAUAUACAAUGUUUGGUGUCCCUUUUAAUGCUGAUGAUACCAUUAUUAGACCUCUGGAGUCUCAGGCCAUUCGUCGACUCUACCCACAAAACUUUGACCAUCGUAGGGAACUAAAGAAGCUUAACCAUUCCAUAUUAGUUAAUUUUCUGGACCUUCUAGACAUCCUUAUAAAAUGCCCGGACUCUACAAAACGCACGGAUAAGAUUGAGGAUAUCAAUAUUCUUUUCAUAAAUAUACAUCACCUAAUAAAUGAAUUCCGACCGCAUCAGGCACGAGAAACUGUUCGUGUGAUGCUCGAAAUGCAGAAACGACAAAGACAUCAGGUUGCAGAACGAUUAGAACGACAAGAAGAUGAAGUGAGUAGACUUGUAAGAGAAGCUUUGGCAUCCUUGCCCGACAACUUAGACCUUGACUCAAAACUACUUGUGCCUUCCCUCGAAGAGCUUCAGUUAAGGCCAAAGAAUGAUACCACCAGUGCAUCUGAAGAUAAGUGCUCAAGCUUGGACAGACUCAUGUGCAAUAUUGUGGAUGCAUUGUAGAGAAAUAUUAAAGAGUUUAUACAUAUAAAUUAUUCUAUAAUAUAUAAGUUAUUAUGAGAUAGAAGAAAGUGCUACAGAUUUAAUAACAACAAAGUGAGUUUUAAGUUAAUACUUUGCUGUUCAGUAAUUAUCUGUGUCAUGAGAAUGUUUUUUUGUGUUUUGUUUUUUAGUAAGAAAAUGGGAAUUUAUUCAUACAGGUGUUUUGUAACUUUUAUAUGUCUGUAUCUCAUGUUUAUUGUAGAACUACUGUAUGGAUAUGAAGAAUGUUGAAGUACUGUAUAUUUCAAAAAAAUUAUUUUGUGUAUAUGUCUUUCCUUAUUUUUAUUAUGUGAUUAACUGUCAUUAGAAAAAUACUUCAUUAGAACAAUAUAUAUUAUUAUUAUUAUUUUCAUUUUUCUUAAAUGUUGAAUUCCAUUUAUAAAAUACACAUGAACUUUAUUAGAAGAUUGAAUUGAAGUUUUGUCUUUCUGUUCCCAGUGUUAGAUGCUGUUGCAAAUCCAUAAAUUUCCCCAAUUAACAAAAUCUGUAUUAGUAGGAAUGCUGUACUGGUACAUUUGUUUUUAAUGUUAUGAAGCUAGUUUGGUUGAAUUAAUGGAUUCGAUAUGAAAAAUUUUGUAUUUAUUUUAUAUUCAUAAUAAUUUCUCUAAUUUGGGAGUUCAAUUUUUGUAUCCUGUGACUGACUUGAUUAUAUAAACAUGAUUAUUCCAACAACAUGUAUGACUUGGGGCUGGGCAAAUACUAAAACACAACUAAAAGAUAUUUGUAUGGCAUAGUUUAUUUCAAUAAUCAAAUUAUGCUGUCAGGUAUUUUCUGAGAUUCCCAGUCAGUAGUUUUCCUGAGUUUAAACACCGACUGGGCAGAUUAGCUAAUGGCAGGUACUUGUGAGGAUCCCAUUGACUAAUGGGAACAAGUGCCUUUACAAGUUUUCUUUGCCCCCUCUGCAAGACAGGGAUUGCAUGGAGAUAAAAAAUCAAUCCUAAACUAUACCGAGACAUAUAGGCAUUCAUUUCAAUGAAAGGAGGUCAAAACACCCAAAUUCCCUCUGGGAAAUAUUUAACAAAAAAUAAAAUGCCAUACUUCCAACUGAAAAAUAAAUAAGUUUUCUCAGUGGCACCCAAUCCAUCACCUGGAGGUGCCAAGUCAUUGCCUGUCAACUAUAUGCCUGGCUCCUGGCAUAGCAAUAUAGUGAGGUAUCCACAGAUGCUUAGUGCUGUCAACGUUAGAGCAAGUCACCAGACAUCAUUGCCAAAAAAACCAUGUAAUGCUUGUAAGAAAUGCAUCAAACAUACUCCAGAAGUAUAUUUAAAUGUGAAAAGUAUCAAAUAUGACCUAAGGAUUAUUUUUUCAUAAAAUUUAAGGAAUUUAAUUGGAUGAACAAAAUUGUGGGUGUCAACAUUUUUUAUUUCAUAUCUCUGUGGAUAUCAGUAUUACAAUAAACCUAAUACUGUAUGAUUAUUUGUUAGUCCUCUAAGGUCAAUAACCUAAGUGCCCAAAAACCAGCAACUAUCUUAUCUUCUACAAGGGAUUCAGUUCCUCACGUCAGGAAUCAAGUCGGGAAUCUCAGGUUAAGCACUGGUGCAUAUCGUCAUUUGGUUUGGGCAGAGCCUCUCUGGGUGGUGUUUGCUUGGGUUCUUGGGGCCACUUCUCAUGUCCAGUGGGAUUAUACUUUCAGUGAUGGUUCAGCAACAACCUCACUUCUAGCAGGUCAGUGUUCAAUCCUUGACCAUCCAAGUGAUUGGACACCAUUACCUUCCUCCAUCCUAUACCAUAUCCUCAUAUCCCUUCCAAAUGUUGUAUAGUCAUAAUGGCUUAACACUUUCUCCUGAUAAUUACCUUAUCUUAGAGGUCAACUACAGAAUUGCUGACAUCCCAUCCCAUGAUUGGCGACUUUUGCUUUGUUUUUGGGUGUGUCUUUAUAUGGAGGGCCAUGGGCUUCUGGGGGUCUUGCAUUUAACACGGGAUUCUGCUCAUCAUUUCCAUGUAUUUCACAUUCUACAGUGGUGGCAAUCUUUUUUUUUUUUUAUUAGAAUUUAUUUUCUUCCUUAGCCAACUUUUUCCCAUUCCAGUUUGUUUAUUCCCUGGCAUUCGAGCGUAUUCUAUUGGCCCUCAGAACCUGGGUUUGUGUUUCCUGAAGCCAUACUUACCUAUGUUCAGUGUUCCCUGUGGACUAUGAUGGGUUCAGCAGCCAAGGCUCUUCAUCCACAUUCUAGGUUGCCCGGCAUUGUGGCCUGUUUGUCUUAGUUCAUCUACUGGACAGGAACAGCCACUGUUGACCUGCUGCUUAUCCUAGAGGCCAUGUUGUAGGAGAAUACAAAACAUUUGUGAUUUUCUUUGCCAACAUGACUUCCACUUGCAGUGUCUGGUGCUCCAUUUGUGUGUUUCUCGGCCCUCACUUGGCUAGGUGUUACUUGUCCUUAGGCUCUUGUUCCUGCUUUGCACAGGUCCUGGGUUUAGGAUUUCAUCUACCUGGGUAAGUCCCAUCCUGAAUUUAUGUGGUCUCUUUGUUUUAUAUAUUUUUUGGGUAUGUUGGCAGAUUUUCCCAUGUAAGAUGCCAAUGAGAGGAAACUCAGGGAGAUACUAAUGAGAAAGCACUAAAAUUAAAUGUCAAAAGUAAUUUAAAAAAUUAAAUGUCAAAAUGACCUUUCGGGGUUCAGCCUUGGUAGCUUUCCAUACCCAUCCUGUUUCCCUACUUUCUUAACACUAUGCCUGGGCUAGGAUGUGAGGAUAAAUGCAUCACUUUGUCUGGCUUGGAUGCCACAUGGUGGUGGAUGGGGUGUAGUCAAUGGGUUCAUUUCCCUAAUAGUUUUUAAGUGUUCUGCUUUUGUAGUUUGGUACAUUUUCAAAUAAUUUCUCAGAAUGAGUGUGAGUGUUCUAUGGCCUCGUUUUAUUGUAAUUUGCCUCAAUACAGUACAGUGUUGAUCAUUUAUUCCUAUGUGCUCCAUGUCUCCUGGAGGUGGCAUGGGUAAAAUGCAAAGGCCUUUGCUUCUGGUAGGCAAUGAGUCUCACGGGGAAGCAACUGAGGCUGGGCCCAGAAAGGGUUGUUUGACACUUGACAUUUUUUUUUUAUAGAAGACAGUCUUGACACGAUGUAAGAUUAAGUAAAAUGAAUGUUAAUAUAAUGCAGAUAAUGGUUUUAAAUGUGAUUUGUUUAGUUUAUUCAUGUUUAGUUUUUAUGGAAAUAACUAUUUUUGUUUCAAAAUUAUUCAUUUAAAAAUAUAAUAAUGCUGAACUAAAUUUUAGGAAUGAAAUAUAUUGGCCGGUGAGCCAUAAUGUUUGAAAUUUGUGUGUUGUGGUAGUUCCUAAUUGUCAUACAUUGAUCCAACAUGUCAAAACUACACACACACAUCCAGUCUGCCAACAAAUGUAUUAUCUUUUUCCUACCUUUUAUUAUUUAGUUUUAUUAGUUUAUCAGCCCAAGUCACCCAAUGUUCCAGCCAUUAUUUAGUUAUAUUAGUUUAUCUAUCAGCCCAAGUCACCCAAUGUUCCAGCCAUUAUUUAGUUAUAUUAGUUUAUCAGCCCAAGUCACCCAGUGUUCCAGCCAUUAUUUAGUUAUAUUAGUUUAUCUAUCAGCCCAAGUUACCCAAUGUUCCAGCCAUUAUUUAGUUAUAUUAGUUUAUCUAUCAGCCCAAGUCACCCAAAGUUCCAGCCAUUAUUUAGUUAUAUUAGUUUAUCAGCCCAAGUCACCCAGUGUUCCAGCCAGCCUAUCCCCUUGUCCCCCCCCCCCCCUUCACUUACCUGGUCACAGCAUGUUACAAAACCUCUGAUGGCCUAUCCUCUGCUUCACACUUUAACUGAGUGACAUUGGUUAUUCCUGGAAAUAGAAGUUCUGCCAGGAGCCAUUGCUUUGUGGUUUCCUUUUGUUUAUCCAUGACUGUUUUAUGUCACCCACAGUGUGUCUGUGUUCUAUCUCUGUAUUUUUACAUUCAUGGUCGAGUUGUUCUAGCUUCCCUGUCAAUUUUCAUACCUUAUUCCAGUUUUGAAGUUGCAGCUGACUUUCUGCCUGUUAUAUUCACCAUUCUCAUGCCAUGGUGAACUGCUGUUGGCCUCUGCUCCUGUGGUGGUGGCUGCUAGCCUCUCCAUAUGUAGUGAUGACUUUGCUCACUAAUUUUCUUAGUGGCUUCUAUAUGUUUUGGAUUGUGGGCAGCCCAGUGGGCUGUGGCUUCCUUAUUUGUCCAAGUGUGGCAUUCUUAGGUGCUCUCUGUGGGACUUUCUCUUCGCUUUGUGCUCUAGCCUGAGCUCAGCAAUUCUCUCUGGGUACCAAAAUUUACCCAACAUUUGGUCUCUAUGGGGCUACAACUCAUGCACUGGCAGGUUUCACUGACAAUUGCUAGCAAUUGCUAGGCUGUUCCUUUAAGGUUUUUGACAGCAGCCUUAGAAUCCUGCUUUUGUUUUGUCAUUUCCUGGUUUUUAUAGAGUACCUUUCUCCCUCUCCGCAGCCUUGUUUCAGUUGUGCCUAAAAGCUUGUUUGUGUAACCGUCUUGUCUGUUGCUGGUGCCUCCACCCCUUCCCGUGUGUACAGUUCAAGGUUGCAGGUUUGUAACUCUGUUCCACCCAAGGAAGAUUCCUGUGGUCUCUCCUAAUUUUUUUUUUUUUUUUUUUUUUUUUUUUUUUUUUUUUUUUUUUUUUUUUUUGUUAGCAGGGCCUGCUUCAGGUCUAGUCAUUAGGGCAAUGUUCAGUUCUUUUCGUACUGAGCUGGAGAGACUGAUCUGCAUCUGGGCCUCGGUCCCAUAUUGGUAGUUACCAGGUGUGGUUUUUGGUCCUUGGGGUUCGGUAUCCAGCUUCUCGAGGCUUCCCAGUUACCCAGGUCUUCUUCCCAUUGUUUGCUGCCAUCACUUUGGGGAUUUUGGUUUUUGUCCAGCUGGUGGUCCUCACUGCCUUCCUGGGGUCUUCUUGUUGCUUUGGCUACUUUCCUUGGGAGUUUCCUCCAUGGCUCAUUUUUGAAUUCCAAGUUUGUUUAAAAUUGUCUACCUGGUUGAUGGUCUUUGGCUUUGCCUAGGAUGUCCCUCGGCCUCAUCGCUCUCCUAGUGCCCCUCUAUCCUGGGUCCUUAUCAUUUGCAUUAUCCCAUGGGUAGGUCUGCCCAUAUUUUCUGUUUACUGUGUUCUUUUUCAGUUAUGCCAGCCUCUCUUAAGGAGCUGUUGUGAGUUAGCUCAGGAAGUUACUGAGGUGGCCCACAGAAAUUUCCUUCUUUCCCAUAGGGUAGUGGUGUUUCAUUCAGCCGGCUUGUGAAUGAUGGAGCAGGCUGACUGGAACCUUAAGUGACCAGAAAUCUCACCUGGUGGCAGUCAGAUGUGUGACAGUUAUUGUGUUUGCCCUGUGGCAACAGUCAUUUGGUUCGCUACUUCUAGGUACCUAAAUUUCUUGAAGUAUUUGCUUAUUUUGUUUUCUAAUGGAAUUUUUGUCAAUUUUGGGUUGAUCUCUGAUCCCCAAAGCUCCUCUUACCUCUUAGAGAGCCAAAGUCUGAUCCUGGCUCUGGUUAGGUCACAGCCUGGAUCUCCAUAAGGCAUCCUCGAUCAGUGUUUAGGGAAAGCUUAGGAAAGUUCGUUAUAUUUAACACUAUUUAUAUUAUUGAUUUUGGUGAACUGGAAAAUGUAUGUAAUUGUAAAUUUUUUUAUAGUAUUGCAAAUGUGUGUUACUAGCCAAUUUCAUUUUAUAUGCAAUUUGAAUAUUAAGAAGAGUGAAUUGCAGCUUGGCUUUAUUUUUUGUUCAUUCCACCACCUUUCUUCCCAUUUGCUAGGAUUUAUAGAAUUUCUGAAGAGAAUUAAGUCUGGCUUUAAUUUAGUUCUUCAAAAGUUAUCAUCGUGUUUUUAUACAUAUGGAGAAUAACACUGCAUUCUUUUUUGACCACAGGAUUACACCUAGUUCUUAUAGGUUGUGAAUAUAUAUAACACUCCCCCUUGAGUUUUUCACACUUUUUAUAAGCCUCUUGCAAUAAUAUGAUGUUCAGUUGUUAAUAAAUUUUUCCUGUCUUCAUAAAAGAUACGUGCAUAAAUUAGGAUAAAAGUUACAUAUAAAAAUAUAAUUUCAUCAACUUACUUUCACUGGUUUUGAAUCUUGCCACUUCUGCUGUACAUGCCUUCAAAUUGCUGUAAUCAGAAUUAUCCAGUUCUGCUAUCUCAAAUUUCAUGUUUCAUAUAAGCACAGUACAGUACAGUACAGUACAGUAUUUGCACAUUGAUUGCAUCGUAUGUAGGCCAGGUGCUGGAACCAUUCAAGAUAUUUUGCACUAUAUUUUCUCUAGAAUGUGAUUAAUAAUUUUACAUCCAUGUCCACAAUUAAUGCUGGAUGUACAGGGGCAAACAGUGAUGGAACUGUGCCCAUGAAUUGAACCCAGUGGUUCUCCUUUGUGAGGUAAGCAGGUGAGGGGUGUUUAAUUCAUUACUCCAUAUCUUUUUUUAGUUAGCCAAAAUGAUAAAAACCAUUAAUAUUGGACAUCUCUCGGGUUAUUGUUCAUAUUAAUUUUACCAAUUAAGCCUGGUUAGCCUAUGUCUUCCAUGGGUUGUGGUUCAACACAUCUGUAAAGUUACAAAGUACUGUACUUAUUUAUUUCAUAAUUUUGUUAACUUUUCUUAAUCUUCAUAUGAGUUAGCUUGCCUCCUUCCAGUGCCCUACAUUAAAUUUGAGACUUAAAUUUCAGAAUAAAAGUGUGCUUUCUUCAUUGCAUUAAUAGUGUCCAGGUUAUGUUGGAUCUGUUUUAUUUUCAUAACUCUUUACUUGCACUUAUACGUUAUAUUGUACAUACAAAAUAUAGAUUUCAUAUACUUUUUUGGUCUAUUAUCUUUAAUAUCUUUAAGCAUCAAGGUGUGCUCAAUAACUACCCAUUCUACUGCAGAGUUAAAAUCUUACCCGCAUAAAAAGAAAAGCAUCGAAGGCCUAAUUGUACUGAUAAAAUGUUGACUAAGAGCUCCAUAAUAUUGUCAGGUUGUAACAUAUGUCAGUUUCUUCUUGAGCACAGUAAAAUCAAAUUACUGAUUUAAUAAAUUUACUGAACCAAAUACCCUGUACUACUAUGAAACUUGGCACUUAUUUUCAUGUUUUACUUUAAAUAUAGGAUAUGCUCUGUCCAGUAAAGUCAGUGAAGAAAUUUCAUUUCAUACAAAGAUAUCAACUAAUGUUGACCAGACCACACACUAGAAGGUGAAGGGACGACGACAUUUCGGUCCGUCCUGGACCAUUCUCAAGUCGACUUGAGAAUGGGUCCAGGACGGACCGAAACGUCGUCGUCCCUUCCCCUUCUAGUGUGUGCUCUGGUCAACAUACUUUAGCCACGUUAUUGUGACUCAUCGCCUGCAUAUCAUCUAAUGUAAGUACAGUAGAUGAAUCAAUAAUGUGCAAGGCAAUAUUAUUUGUACGUUUAUUUUUUCGUAGGUUUUAAUAUUAAUUUAAAAUUAUGGUAGUAUAUGAGAUACCAUUUUUUUUAAUAUACUUUGAAGUAUAUAAGGAACAUUUUGUAUAAUCCUUUUCUAAUUAUGCAACUGCAAUGAUUAUUGUUUAGUCUUCGACUUUUGUGCCUUAAUUUCAGACUAUUCCUAUGAGUAGGCCAUGGACCUUUAGGGUGGUCAGAUUUAUUUUGAUCUCAUUUGAGUCCAUGUUAAAACUCUGUGGUGGUUGUUCUGUUUAUGUAAAAAAAAAAAUCAUAAUGUAUCCCAACAAGUGCAAAGAUUUCAAUAAAAUAUCAACUAAUGAUGUUACUUGCAGUAGUACUUUGAAGGAACUGCUUCAGAAUGUCGUACUAAUUUUGAGGUACUAAUUAAUUAGACAAGUAUUUAUGACUUGACUAGGUCUAUUACUAUGUUUGUGAUGGUGUGCUCCACCGGUGAUAUGCUACAAGUUUCUCAUGCAACUGUUGGUGUCCACUGUUCAUACACACAAGUGUACUUUUUCCAAUGUAGCUCAAACAUAUACUGGUGCUGUAUGUUUAUUUUUGGAGCUCUAUAUUGCUGCUACAGUUGUAGGAGUGAUUCAUCUUUCUAGGUGUGCUGCCAUUGGAGCAUGUGUCAUAACCUUGAUGCAUUACAAAUCAACAAAACAAGGAAAUCAAAAUUUGAUAUUUUUAUUUUAUUUAAAGGUAUAGAACUAUAAAUGGAAAUCAUCAAUGACAAAAAUAAACUGAAUUAAGUAACAGCAAAACUUAAAGGCAUAAAGCUUGUUUUAACACACGUGUAGAAACCAAAAUUGUUUCCUGAUAUAGGAGAGACACAUUGUUGCUGUCCAAAACAAUCUUCACAAAAUGAACAAACUCAUUUGACUUUUACUCAUGCUUCUUUACAACAUUUUCUAUCUGAAUUUGUUUAAAGCAGUGCAUCUUUUUCUAUUUUAACAUUUUCACCAACAGAAGAUCAACCACUACUGCUGUUGACGUUAGAAUUAGAAGUCUUGUACGAGCUCUCAGAUUCUUCAAAUGGAUCACAUUCUGGUAAUAUGGGUUGGAUGUACAGCACUUGUGGUUCAUAUAUAACUGAAAUUAAAUCUUUUAAUGGUGAUUGAUUUAUAAUACCUGUAGUUAAUGUUGGUGGUUGACAGUGAUGCACAAGCUUUAAUAAUUUUGAAGCUUUAUCUCUUGUUUUGCUGUUAUUAAGCACUUGUUUAUUGAGUAAAGAAAAAAAACAUUUGCUCUGAAACCCAUUUUUCAUUUUACCUUUCAGUUAUCCAAUACAAUAUUGAAGUCAUUGUGUUAUUUUGCUCAAUACUUAAUUGUGACCACUAUUUGUGUACAAGACGGUUGUAAGAAAAAAAUAUACAUUAGGACCAUAAUGUACCACCAGUAUUACAUGACUAAAUGUAACAAAGUUUGUUCAAAAGGUUCACUGUAUUAAAAAAAUAUUUAUAUUCUAAAA